CGUUGUUGUGUGCGUGUGUGUGUGUGUGUAUAAUUGUGUGCCUUUUUGCCGUCUACGUUUGUUAGUAGUACUGGAGAAAUACGACGGUCUGGUAUUGAGGAGAGCCUCCUUUUUGAGGGCUCGAGACCCAAGCAUCUUGGCGUUCAAUCGACCUUUAAUUCCGGGCCCCAGGACGAAUUUAGAUAAGGAAUUCGCUGAAGAAACGUCUCAAGGCGACAACCAGCCAGAAAAUAUUCGGGUAUUUUUGCGUUUGAAAGACGGCCAUGAUCUUCAGGACUUAUACCAAAUCGAUGGGAACGUCCUCACUUCAAAGGUCCCGAGGAACAUUAAAGAAGAUGAUUCGUUGAAUAAAAUGUACACAUUUACAAGAAUAUUUGGCCCUCAAACUACGCAAGGAGAUUUCUUCAAUUGUGUUGUGAAACCUAAAAUUUUUGAUUUUAUAAAUGGCGAAAACUCGACCCUUUUUACGUAUGGCGCUUCAGGCUCUGGAAAAACUUUUACUGUGACGGCCACACAGAAAAAACCAGGGAUAGUUCCAAGGUCUUUGGACUAUCUCUUCCGCAGUUUGCCCAGUAAUCCUCCUGCAAAGCCAACACCUGCAGGAACUGUCAAACCAUUAAGUGAGUCCGAGUCUAAGACGGAAAAAUUGCUCUGCAAACAUCUUCUUGAUUCGUCUUCAAGGUCGGGAGAUCGGACGCAACAAGUUGUGAUCACCUACCGGGCAAUGCAGCAAAGACUCAGUAAUGAACCCGUUGCUGUACUGGAAGGCCUCGACGAACUGUCAUCGAUCACCGUUUGGACACAGCAAGCAACUAAUCUGUGACGCUUUGCUGUCUAUACUUUUCCAUUUCAGUCUCCAGUUCUUUUAUUCUUUCCUUUAAUUGGGUGUUUUCAGUUAGGAGUUCCUCCACUACCCUAUAGCUUUCAAGGUUGGCAGAUUCACUCACAAUUGUCUUCGGCGCACUGCUCGUUGAUUUCUUAUGUUCAAAUGAAAGUUCAUCGUCUGAAGAUGAACUCAAUUCAAUAACAAUGUCGCUUUCCAACUGUUUUAUUUUUUCCUCAUAAUGCGUCUGUAAAUUCUUCAAUUUCUCUUCGUAACGCCUUCUAACAUUUUCUUCAGCAGUUUUGACUUGUUGCUCGGCAUCGUUUCUCAGAUCCUGAAGGAUUUCAUCGUAGCCAUCUAUCAAAUACUGCCUUUCAAUUUUCAGGUUCGCUUCGUAUUCAUUCUUUUGACUUUCUAGUUCCGUUUGCAACAAUAAAAUCAUUCUUCGUUCUUCGGUGCAAUUAUCUCCACUUAAGAUCUCUGCUGGCUUUUUUAUUGCCCCUCCUUCUUGUCUACGUUCGACGACUUUUAUUUCGCUAGCGAGGGCAGAAAUCUUAAGGACAUGUUGUGACUCGUCGAACAUUUCUAGUGAUGGGUUUAUCGUCACAAUCAUCGCAAUGUCUUCGAAUCCAGAAAGAGCAUUUUGAAAUAAUUGAGUCAACUUGGAUUCUCUAAAAGGCACCAUCUUGUUAUCAUUUGCCUUCUGGGAGUUUCGCACCGCUAAAAUACAUCGAUUCAAAACUAUCAACGAAGUAUUGAUUGAUGUUGUUUGACUCUUUGAGUCGAUCUCCCACAUUUAAUGUUUUUUUGCUGCGUUCGGAACCAGCUAGAUCGCAAAAAUUGAAACAAUUAUAUUUCAACGUAAGAAAUCCAAACCACUGAUGCCAAUUGAGCACGACAAAUGUCGCCAGACAUGGAUAAUGACGUUUUUUGGUGUUUUAAAAUUUAAUUUUAUUGUUUAAUUUUUUAGUUUUUCAAGUAGUAAUUUGAGUGUAAAAUGUUAAAAAGUACCUUUUGUUUGUAUCUAUUUCUUGUUUGAUUUUAUAAAAUUAAAUAAAUUCAAGUAUUGAUUGGUAUUUUA